AUGAGUAAUGGAGAUGAGUUAGCCAAAAAGGAGGAACUUUUAAAGGCCAGAAGGGAGAAAUUAUCAAAAUGGAAAAGUCAAAAAGCUAGACAGGAUGUCAUUAAAGCAAAAAUAGCAACAACAUCCGUAAACGAGCAUGUUCCCAUAAUUGAGAAGAUCGAAGAUAAAGCAUUUGCAGAUAGAAGGAAAAAGUUGCAAGCUUGGAAAUUGAAGAAAAGGAAAGAAACUGAACCUGAAGCACCAGAACCUAUAUCGCUCAAACCUAAGAAACUUAAAAAGAACAAGAAAAAGAAACUGACUUUCGAUGUUGAUUACGAAGUACCAAAUAACCAAGUCAUUCCAUUAUUUAAACCCCCAAUAUCUAGCAAUGAUAAAAUAAAGCUUGAAAGUAAUGAUAUUUUACCUCAUCCCACAGUACGAGCUGAUUCCGAUGCCCUUGAUUGUUUUAUGUCAAAAUUGAAUAAACAAAAAGAGGAAUAUGACUCCAAAUCUAAUAAGUUGACCAGUAUAGAUAUUCUUGAUGGAGACGAUGAAAAUAAUGGUGAGGAUGAUCCGAUAAUAGAUGAUUCAGAUGAGAAACAAGCUGCACAUUACAAGAAGAUUGCAAAGAUGAAGCAACUGAAGAAGGUCACAGAGGUGAAAUAUAAUAAAACGGAAUUGGAGCCUUUCCAAAAACAAUUCUAUACCGAACAAGAGGAUGUACAUAAAAUGACUACAGAACAAGUAGAAGAAUUGAGACUAGAUCUGGAUAAUCUUGUUAUUAAAGGUAAGGAUUGCCCACAUCCUGUCACUAGAUGGUCCCAACUAGGUUUGAGCACGUCCCUUAUGAAUAUCAUCACAAGUACUUUAAAUUUUAAACAAUUGACACCUAUUCAAGCCCAAGCUCUUCCAGCGAUCAUGUCUGGUAGAGAUGUAAUAGGAAUAUCUAAGACAGGUUCAGGAAAGACUAUAUCUUAUUUAUUGCCGUUGAUAAGACACAUCAAAGCCCAAAGAAACCUAGAACCUGAAGAAACAGGGCCGUUAGGCUUGAUUUUGGCCCCAACCAGGGAGCUAGCACAACAAAUAUAUGAAGAAACUGUCAACUUUAUUGGAAAGGACAAAGAACUUUCUUGUGUUUGUUGUACAGGCGGUUCAGAACUAAAAGAGCAGAUUAGAAUUUUGAAGAGGGGUGUUAAAAUAUUGGUGGCGACACCGGGUCGAUUUAUCGAUUUGUUGACACUAAAUGUGGGGAAAUUGGUUAACACAAGACGUGUUACAUUUGUCGUGAUUGAUGAAGCUGAUAGAUUGUUUGAUAUGGGAUUUGAACCUCAAAUUACCCAAAUUAUGAGAUCAAUUAGACCCGAUAAACAAUGUGUUUUAUUUAGUGCAACGUUUCCUAACAAAUUACGUAGUUUUGCCAUGAGAGUUUUGCAUAAACCUUUAAGCAUUACAGUUAAUUCAGGAAAUAUGGUUAAUGAAAAUAUUGAGCAAUCUUUUAAGGUAUGUGAUUCUGCUUCUGACAAAUUUGGUGUCUUAAUUUCAAUUCUGUCAAAUCAAAUUAAUAAAACAACCCAGUAUCUUCAAGAUGAUGAAAACUUGGAUGAGCAAUCGGAUGAGAAAACAAUUGUUUUUGUUGCUAGUCAACAUAUAUGUGAUUUCGUUGAAAAACAAUUAAUACGUAAUGGGUUUGAGAUUUUCUCUAUACAUGCCGGUAAGCAAUACCAGGAAAGAAUUUCUAAUCUUGAAUCUUUUAAAAAGACAAAAAAUAGUAUCCUUCUGUGUACAGAAGUCAUGUCUAGGGGUCUAAAUGUCCCUGAAGUUUCAUUGGUGGUAAUAUACAAUGCUAUUAAGACGUUUGCUCAAUAUGUUCAUACUACAGGUAGGACAGCCCGAGGAGUACACCAUGGUAAAGCAGUAUCAAUUUUAGAACCAGAUGAUAUAGCAGCUGCAUAUAUAUUAACCAAGGCGAUGCAUAAUCAAUUAGAGAAACAACCUGUACAACAGGUAACUAAAUUGAGAGCGAUGAGUAAAGAGUUUGAAGAUGGUAUGAAAAACGGAAAAUAUAUGUUAUCCAAAGGUUUUGGUGGGAAAGGUCUGGAUAAUUUAGAUUCAAAGAGGGAGCAAAAAGAAUUAAAAGAAAGAAAACAAUAUGAAAAUAUAUCUGGAGAGAGUGUUACGAAGAAAGAACCAGUGAAGGAGGUGGAUAAUGAAACAAAUAAUGGUUCUGAGGAAGAUGUAAUAAUUCCAAAGUUAGAGUAUACCAUCAUUAAAGAAGAUAAUUCCGACGGUUCUGUUAUAUAUAGUGCAAAUAUUAAUAUCAAUGAUCUCCCUCAAUUGGUAAGGUGGGAAAUGUCCAAGAAUGUAACCCUAUCAUUUGUCAAGAAUGAAACUGGUUGUAGUAUUACAAAUAAGGGUAGAUAUUAUCCUCCAGGUCAAGGUCCAGAAACAGAAAAGGAUCCGCCAAAACUUUACCUAUUAAUUGAAGGGAAGGAGGAGAAAGAUAUCGUUCUAAGUAUUAAUUUGCUAGAGGAGAAACUAAAGGAAGGGAUGAAAAAGGUUGAAUAUCAAACAAUUAAAAGUCAUAAAUUUUGA